AUGAUGAUGAUGAUGAUGAUGAUGAUGAUGAUGAUGAUGAUGAUGAUGAUGAUGAUGAUGAUGAUGAUGAUGAUGAUGAUGAUGAUGAUGAUGAUGAUGAUGAUGAUGAUGAUGAUGAUGAUGAUGAUGAUGAUGAUGAUGAUGAUGAUGAUGAUGAUGAUGAUGAUGAUGAUGAUGAUGAUGAUGAUGAUGAUGAUGAUGAUGAUGAUGAUGAUGAUGAUGAUGAUGAUGAUGAUGAUGAUGAUGAUGAUGAUGAUGAUGAUGAUGAUGAUGAUGAUGAUGAUGAUGAUGAUGAUGAUGAUGAUGAUGAUGAUGAUGAUGAUGAUGAUGAUGAUGAUGAUGAUGAUGAUGAUGAUGAUGAUGAUGAUGAUGAUGAUGAUGAUGAUGAUGAUGAUGAUGAUGAUGAUGAUGAUGAUGAUGAUGAUGAUGAUGAUGAUGAUGAUGAUGAUGAUGAUGAUGAUGAUGAUGAUGAUGAUGAUGAUGAUGAUGAUGAUGAUGAUGAUGAUGAUGAUGAUGAUGAUGAUGAUGAUGAUGAUGAUGAUGAUGAUGAUGAUGAUGAUGAUGAUGAUGAUGAUGAUGAUGAUGAUGAUGAUGAUGAUGAUGAUGAUGAUGAUGAUGAUGAUGAUGAUGAUGAUGAUGAUGAUGAUGAUGAUGAUGAUGAUGAUGAUGAUGAUGAUGAUGAUGAUGAUGAUGAUGAUGAUGAUGAUGAUGAUGAUGAUGAUGAUGAUGAUGAUGAUGAUGAUGAUGAUGAUGAUGAUGAUGAUGAUGAUGAUGAUGAUGAUGAUGAUGAUGAUGAUGAUGAUGAUGAUGAUGAUGAUGAUGAUGAUGAUGAUGAUGAUGAUGAUGAUGAUGAUGAUGAUGAUGAUGAUGAUGAUGAUGAUGAUGAUGAUGAUGAUGAUGAUGAUGAUGAUGAUGAUGAUGAUGAUGAUGAUGAUGAUGAUGAUGAUGAUGAUGAUGUAG